GACCGCGACCGCAACAAUCCCCACGCGUCGCGCGCGUCAUUCAGCCCCUCUCAUGCUCCAAAGGAACUCUUAUACCAAAGCCGAACUGAAAAUCCGCGACAAGGCUAUACAGGAGAAGCACGACAAGGAGUUGGCUGCGAGUGAGGCCAAGUAUCAGCGCUUGCGCCACGCGUAUGAUCAGCAAUCUACGGAAAUCUUUGAGCUUCAGAAACGCGAUGACGAUAUUGCCGCCCGCCUCGGGUUCCGGAACCUGAGCGAAGUAGGCAUCUUCAUCGACCUUGCCGACGACAAUACCACAUUCCGUCAUCUGGCCGAACGCACAGACACGCUCAGCUCUGAAUUGUCGAUUCAGCGGCGGAGGCAUCGGGACCUUCAGGACGAAUUGGCUGAAGUGACGGAAGAGAGGAAUUCAUUGAAAGCCGUUCUAGCAGAGCAGAGCUUGAAGAAAUCUGAUUCGACUGCCCAAGCUCUCGCCCAGGAUCUCGUCGACCUGCGCGCCCGUCUAAAUGCUGUCACAUCUCGGGCUGCGCGUGCAGAUGAUGCGUUCAAAGCCCGCUACGCCAAGUGGCAAGGUUUCAAGCAAUGGAUGCAGGACGAGGAGAAAGAAUUCAAAUCGAAGAUACAAGGUAUCAAGUCUGCGCAGAGGGUUGAACAGAGGACUGCCUAUUACGAGCGAAGGGGUGGGAAACUCACAGAAUUGGGAUUGAACGAUGACAUGAUUGUGGACGAGUCCGCCCCAGAUGCUGUCAUUGAUGCAGAUACCACCCUGGUUGCAGAGACAUCCGCAGUGAAGGAUACAGCAAAGAUGGCAGCAGAACCACUACAAGACGGCAUUGAUCUGUCACAAACGCAAUAUGAUACCCAAAUCUCCCCACAGGAAGCUCCUGACAACACGCCUGCUGUCUCAGCUCACGCUUCCCCACCGCCUCGUCCACAAUCUAUAACUGAGCCUCCUAGGAAGCGCGGGUCUAUACCAGAAGCAGCAGAAGAGCGAGAGCGCAAGAAACCACGUCUAAGCAGUCCCGUUCGCCGGCCGCUGGUCAGUGUCUCUCCGAAGCGGCCACACGGGUCUCCUCGGAAGAAGAAAGCUGCCGGGAGAGAGAAUCGGCAGCUAGCAUCUCCAGAGCGUCGGGGUAAACAAGAUCAGACAAUAGAAGACAGGGCCACUAUCAAUUCCGCUUAUGCCAUCAAUCCCGCGCGCAACGGUGGUUUAGACUUCCAAUACGACGAAGUCGUGCGAGGAAAGGAAAAGCGAAAGCAACUGCAUGGAGGCGAUUGCGAAUGCUGCCGUGAUUACUACGAAGCUAUUGGCCUCUUCCUACACGUUUGCAAGCUCCGCUGUGGCGGACACCACCCUCAAGCCCUCAGAAGCCUGAUCGAGCAUGUCGAAACGAUGGCCAUGCUCGGGAUACCAUAAGCUCACAUAAGCAGGCCAUUUCUCGCCACCGACACAACUGGGCUCGCACAAACACACCCCCAGACUAUUGGACAAUCGGAUUCCCUAGCACGCAGGAAACGGAAGAUAUCAACCGACGCGCCGCUGAGAUGCACAAGGAGAAGAGACGCGCUAUCGAGCAGGAGGCUGCGAGAGGAGGCAGGUACUAUAAAAUCUAGUACGGAGUAAACACGCAAAUGUAGCAUAGAUCCAUGUCAUGUGACCGUGUAAAGAGAUCGUGACAUCCGUCUGAAGGGGUUCUGGAUCCUGGCCUCUUGCAUCAUGUACACUGGCGUUUCCUUGGCUGUGCUUUCCCAGUUCUGUAUCCUCUAAAUCCUCAAAUCUCCACAUCGCAGGGCUCAUCUUCAGAGACGGUCCAAAGCUUGAUCAUUCUCUAUCUGCCAGCUCACGGCCGUUGACGGGCUUGGAUACUCAGAGUGGAUGAGACUCUACUUCGCCGCUGGACUCGAUCCUGGAGGAAAUAUCUGCCUACCGAACGCACAAGGUCUCGGAUACCACUAUCAAUAAUUCUUUCCUGGGUCUGAGCAAGACUAAAAUAAACAAAUCUCUUCAACUUGGCCUCCUUGCUCGAUGUUUAUCUACCGUCAGAAGACCCCAAAUCUCUCUAUUUCUGACACCCAUGGAGAAGAGAGCAAGCGAGCAAUGUACACAUGCACUGUACGGGACCGCCGGUUGCGCAAGCCCGAUCUGACUCAAUUUGCUUCCGCGGAUCGGGAUGGUCGGCUCGUCAUUCUCCCCUCCUUUCGCUGCGAUUUUUUCGUCUCCUUUCAUGUCUCCGAUCGCAGUCCACCUGAGACUGCCCUUGGAUCUCGAGCGGAUGAUCUUCGAGGUUGCUGUUGAGGAUCGGGAUUCAGACAUGACUGCACUCGCUAUCAUGCUCGUUGCUCAGCGAUGCCGUGCUUGGAUCGAACCGCUUCUGUAUCGCACCUUGGUUAUUGAUCAAGGCAGCUGGGGAUUGCGGCUGCUCUUGCGUACCCUUGAGGCAAACCCACUGCAUUACGCUCGCCACAUCAAGUGCAUCAGAAUUGAGCACUACUUCGCCAGAAAUGAGAAGAGUGUCGGCCAACUCUUGUCUCUCUGUCCCCAGGCCGUACAUCUAGUUGAUCUCUCCUAUGGGCCGACACCGAUUCGGCAUCUUGCGCUUGAGCGUAUAUGCGCCAGCCGAGACACGCUUCUCGGCUGCGAGCCACAAGCGGGCUCGCUGUCUCGCCUCACACACCUGCAUCUGCUGGAUCCGCCGCAUUACUGGACAAGAAUUCCGUACACAGACCUUCCUUCGCUAACGCAUCUUGCGCUGCAGAACUACCGGGCCGAUAUCCGACUGGCCAACGUGCCCCGGAUCCAAGAGAUCCUCCAGCGCUGCUCCCGUCUGGAGCGGCUUGUCGUAGUCAUCCCUAUAUCAAGACAGCAGGACCACAAUGCCCGUCAGAUACUGGACCUGGUGGACGACGGCCGACUGCGCAUUUUGGCAUCUAACAUGUCGCAGAGCUACAAGAUCUGGAUCGAGUGUGGGGAGAGACAGCUCAGUUUCAUUCCAGCGGGCGACGAGGACGAGCCGAGGAAGAUCGUCCAGGUCGAAACUCCCCUCCAGUUUUGUCCAGUCUCCUUACGAGAUAUGACAACAGCUUUUAGGAAACGAGAAGACGAAAAAAAGAAUGCAAGGAUCGGUAUGGGAGGGGUUGAACCUGUUCGUGUCUAG